AUGUCAUUGUAUGUAUUCAAGUCGACUCAAACAUUUGCAUUUGGACUCGUGUACUCCUGGGACAACGUCAUUGCCAACACCCGUGAUCUGAGAUUUGAGGCUUGGAAGCAGCUGGCAGAGGAAGCAGGGAAGCCUUUGCCCGACUCUCCUUCCUCACUCCGCCAGCUCUCAACGGCUUCCCCUGCCCACUGCAUCAAAUCAGUGCUUUUCUGGGCUUCAGACGAGCCCACCAUUGCGUCACUCAAAGACAGGCUCUCUGAGCUUUACUGCCGCCAGCUCUCCAAGGUGCGAGCGCCACUGGAGGGCGUGCAGGAGUGGCUGGAUGCGCUGCAGAAGGCAGGAGUGCCGUGUGCUGUGGCCACGUCCAUCGACCGCCUCACUCUGCUCUCUGCCCUCGACCGCAUGAAGCUGCUGCACCACUUCCAGGCGUUUGUGACAGCAGAGGAUGACAUGGAGUCGAUGGCUCAUCGAUUCCUCUCUGCUGCCGUCAAGCUGGACCGAGCGCCAGCCAAGUGUGUGGUGUUUGAGGAUGACCCGAGGGGAAUCACAGCAGCGCACAACUGCAGCAUGAAGGCCGUGGCUCUCAUCGGCACACACCCCGCCUAUGAGUUGAAGCAGGCGGAUCUGGCAGUGUCAAGCUACGCGGAGCUGUCAGUGAUUAAUCUACGAAGACUGUUUGCAAACAGAGGGCAUGGGAUAGAGCAUAUGGAGCUGAAGAAGCAGCGGGAGGAGCAAGGGCCAAAGAAACGGCGCUGGCACACUGACACCCUGUACUGA